CAACCCAAGGACUUUUCCAGAUGGACUCACUGUUGGAUGGAUUGAACGAUGCUCAGAAAAGUGCCGUAACCUCGCCCGCCUCUGUGGUGCAAGUCCUUGCUCCUCCAGGUUCCGGAAAGACCAAAACACUAACUGCACGCGUCGCGUACCUCAUCAAUCAUGAGGGUCUCAAGCCUUGGAAUAUCGUGGUAUGCACCUUCACGAUUAAGGCCGCGAGAGAGAUGAAGGAACGGAUACGCGGGAUGGUGGGAGAAGGUGUUGAAGCCAAGUUAAUACUAGGAACAUUCCAUUCAGUCGCUCGACGUUUUCUUGUAAGAUAUGGACAGGAGAUCGGGAUUGACAAGAACUUUGGAAUCGCGGACACCUCGGAUAGUACCGCCAUAAUCAAACGAAUCAUACAACGAGGUGAUUACACCCUGGACCCCAGCGCUGCACGAUCAAGAAUCUCUAGUCUCAAAGCAAAAGGGACCACCGUGGACGAAUUCGCUAGGACCACUAAGAAAGCCGAACAGCACGAAUUCACGUGCGUAUACAGUGACUAUGAGGAUACGUUGAAGGCCUCGAAUCUGUUAGACUACGAUGAUCUUCUGCUACGCUGCGUGGAGCUUCUGCGCAAGCAUCCUGCUUGUGUCUCCAGCAUUGAAGCUGUCUUGAUCGAUGAGUACCAAGAUACAAACAAUGUCCAGUACGAGCUGAUGACGCUCCUGGCUCAAAAGAGGAAGCGAAUCACCAUUGUGGGAGAUCCUGAUCAGAGCAUCUACGGCUUUCGGUCAGCGGAGAUUAAGAAUCUCCACCGCAUGCAAAAGGACUACCCUGAUUCCCUUGUCAUCAACCUUGAGAACAACUAUCGCUCAUCCGGAUGCAUUCUGAGCUCAGCAAUGGCGGUGAUCGAACAAGACGAGAGUCGACCUAGCAAGUCCUUGCAAGCGACGCACUGCGUAGGAGAACAACCUACGUUACGACACCUUGCCGAUUCGAAUGUGGAAUCUGACUGGAUCGUGGAAGAGAUUCAGCGCUCUCGAACGCUUGCUGCCGGACUGCUGGAUUUCCAUGACUAUGCAAUUCUUCUUCGAUCAGCCUCACUGUCGCUAUCCAUCGAAAGCAAGCUUGGAAAAGCAGGUAUACCCUAUCGAAUGGUUGGGGGCCGACGGUUUUUCGACAGAGCUGAAGUCAAGAUUAUCCUAGACUAUCUACGUGCCAUCGACCAACCUCACCACAAUGAUGCUCUCGCUCGAGUCCUCAAUGUGCCGUCCCGGAAAAUCGGGGAGGUCACAGUGAAAUCUCUUUUGGAAGAGGCUGAGCAGAAGAAGACAUCCUUGUGGAAGUUGCUCCACAAUGCUGCCAAAGGAGGAAAACGACCAGCGACAAAGAUCUCCUCACAGGCGCAGAAAGGCAUUGACGUCUUCGUGAACCUGAUCCUGACAUCACGUGCGAAGCUUCUCCCAGAAGAUGGCGGAUAUUGUAACCUAUGGGACUUGAUCACCCAUGUAUUACAGAAGAUAUCGUUCGAAGCAUACUUGAAGAAAACCUAUCCUGAGAACUGGAAAGAUCGGUGGGCAAAUAUUGAAGAGCUAGGCAUCCAAGCGACGCAAAUGGCGGCCGCCGUUGCUAAUGGGGAAACCAUAUCUGAUGACGCCUUACCGGUCGUGGACGGUGUCGAACAACGAGAAGACACUGCGGCCGAUCUCUUGUCGAAGUUCCUCUCAAACGUAGCGCUUUCCACCGAGGUAGAGAGGCCGGAUGGCGAAGAACCGAACCAGGUCACCAUUUCCACCAUCCAUGCCGCAAAAGGCCUCGAAUGGCCCGUUGUCUUUAUACCCGCUGUGUACGAGGGCUCGAUCCCCCAUUCAAGAGCAGAAGAUCACAAUGAGGAGCGACGCCUGCUCUAUGUGGGAAUGACGCGAGCCAAAGCCCUGCUUUACUUGAGCUGCCCCGUCAAACAGGCCGGCCAAGAUGAGACAACGCUUUCUUCAUUCCUUUCAUCGCCGGAUGUCCAGAAGUUAUUCAGCCAGACGGGGCCAUCAAUUGGCUGCUCGGCCAUCGCUGACUUAGCGCGCAUUCUUCGAAGACCGUGCCCUUCAAGCAGCCAGGUCGAGGCCGCUCGCGCUCUCCUUGAGAGCGUUGAAGACGAUAAGUAUCCACCUACCAGGGAUUACAUUGAGGCCGAAGGGAUACCAAGUCUGUCGUUUGAACAUCAGCCUUCUGGGGUCAAACGACGCAAGCUUGUGCAUUUGUCUGAUGGGUUUACGGCGGCUACGACAAUGCAAUCCGCCUCAAGUUUCUCGGUGGCGACAACCACUUUACAGAGUGGUCACGCUGGCUUUACCACUGCCAGGACCCAGCACAAAAUCCUGCAGGAGGCCAAAGCCGUCGAACCGCUUGUAAGCGCAUCCACGGUGUCGGCUGGAAAUGCAGCGUAUAGGGAUUUCCAGAGAGUGGACGUGGAAGAGUCCAAGGCAACACGCGGCAGACCACAAAAGCCACGUGCUGCUGGGCAGGGCGCAAUUACCAGUUUCUUCAAGAGACCAGAGCCAGCAGCCUCAGACACUUCGGCUGUUUCAGUGACGACGCCUCCCACAUCCCUUCAGACACCCGGGCCGCUAGUAAUGCCUGUGCCGUCGCUACUGCGCUCUCAGUCUUCUGGCUCAAGACACAGGCCUCUGGACGACAUCUCCAACGUUCCACAACGAUCGAACCGCACCUACCAACCUCCAACCAUGUCCAACCACCGACCUCGCAAUGCCCCUAUGAUGAGCAAGCCUAAGAAGCCGGCCAUUGAAUCGGGGGAAGAGGAUCCAAGCACGCGCUACAUCCUCCACUCCAGCUCGCCGGUGAAGCCAGAUGACGAACUCGCACUGGGACAAGUGGAAUUCGAAGAGGCUGCCGAGGAGCCUACCAGCCCGAUAACAUACCACCGCAAGACCGGUAACCUGCUAACAGCUGGAUUCCGUGCAGCAUCGACCUUGCAUACCACUACUGUUGCCCAAGUCCAAAGUACUACUGGAGUACAGAGGAAGACCUUAGGUAUGCGACGGAGCGUGCACGGUUGGACGGUGAAGCACCAGCAGCCGCCGCGCCCACGUCAGUGAGGGCAUUUGGCAGAUUCCUCGCUCCUUUGCGGGUUUUUCAAUUGCAUUCUUUGC